AAAACUUCCGGUGCCUUCGCUUCGGCCUCGCCUUCCUCCGCGAUCCCACCCUCCCCACCCCCCGCGCCGGCGCCGCAUGUAGCUAGCCGCCCGCCCCGCCCGGCCCCCCCAUGGCGGUGCUGCUCCGCAAGGUGUGGGGCUCCGUGCUCGCCCGCGCGGUGGCGCAGCCCGACGCGACGCCGCGGCAGGCCUCCUCCUCCCCCCUGCGCCGCCGCGGCGCCCCGCAGCAUGCCGGGGAGUACGGGUCGCUCGGCGCGCUCGACGCGCUCCCGAUCGACGUGCUCGCCCAGAUCCUGCGCCUGCUUGGCCCCGCCGACGCCGCGCGCUCCACCGCCGUGUGCCGCACCUGGCGCCUGCUCGCCUCCGACAAUGGCCUGUGGGCCUUCUUCCUCCGCCUCGGCCCCGAUCCGUGGGAGCUCGUCGUCUUCGCCGAGACCCACCUCGCUGCUGGCCCAGCCUUCCACCCCGGGCUGUAUUACGAUAGCUCGCCGCAGCGGCAGCUUUCGUUCAAGAAUGUUUACAGCCGACGAGCGGUGGUUCCGGGUUCGAUUAUAGUCGAUGGUGGAUCGGGAUAUUGUAAAUAUGGAUGGAGCAAGUAUGCUGCUCCAUCUGGACGCUGUGCCACAUUCAUGGAAUUUGGCAACAUUGAGUCGCCUAUGUAUGCAAGGCUUCGUCACUUCUUGUCUACAAUCUACACCAGGAUGCAAGUAAAGCCUUCCACUCAACCAAUUAUUGUUGUUCUUCCACUCUGCCACUCAGAUGAUACUGAGUCUGCUAGGGCUUCAAGAAAGCAAUACAAGGAGACAUUAUACUCGGUUCUGUUUGAUAUGAAUGUUCCUGCUGUUUGUGCUGUUGAUCAGGCUGUUCUAGCUCUGUAUGCUGCUAAACGGACUUCUGGUAUUGUUGUCAAUAUUGGAUUUAAUUCCACAUCUAUAGUUCCUAUAUUUCAAGGUACAGUAAUGCAUGAGAUAGGUGUUGAAACUGUGGGGCAAGGUGCCCUCAAACUUACUGGAUUUCUGAAGGAACUAAUGCAGCAGAGAGAGAUAACUUUUGAGUCACUGUACACUGUUCGAACCAUCAAGGAGAAACUUUGUUACGUGGCGGCUGAUUAUGAAGCAGAACUACGCAAAGAUACACAAGCUUCCUGUGAAGUGGAUGGUGAAGGAUGGUUUACUCUGUCUGAAGAAAGGUUCAAGGCUGCUGAAAUCCUUUUCCAGCCCCAGAUUGGAGGAGCGCGUGCUAUGGGCUUGCACAAAGCAGUAUCACUAUGUAUGGAUCACUGCUACAAUUCCGAAGUGUUCGGUGAUGACAACUGGUACAAGACAGUUGUUUUAGCCGGUGGAUCUUCAUGCUUACCUGGAUUAUCAGAGAGACUGGAAAAGGAGCUUCGUGAACUUCUUCCAGCGCAUAUUUCAGAAGGAAUAAGGGUUCUCCCUCCGCCGUUUGGCACCGAUUCUGCCUGGUUUGGCGCAAAAAUGAUUAGCAAUGUAAGCACUUUCACUGAGGCAUGGUGCGUCAAGAAGAAGCAGUUCCGCCAGAAGACUCGUCGCAAUGGUCCAUCUUUUGUGAACGUGUGGUAAUAGAGCCAUAUAACUGUACCUAUAAAGAUUGCACGGGAAGAGUCCGUGAUGAGGGGAAAUAAACAUGGGGCUGUCUGUUAGCUGCUCCACAUCCAGAAUAUGGUACAUAGCAAUAUAGCCUAUAUAGUCCCAGAUGUAAAGAACACAAGUGAAGUCAAAUGUGUAGAAAUGGAUUAUAGGUAAAUACAUAAUAUACUAUUGUUGUUAUAGCCUUAGCCUUAUAGGAAUAUAGGAUGUUGUUGAAGGAAAUGCGCCAAGACGAUGUACGUUGUUGAUUGCCACAUUAAGACCUCUGCUGUUUGUUGUCAAAGCACAUCUUACAGUUGAGAUAUUCUUCUGGGGGUUAAAGCCCCCGUCUCCCUGAUUGAAAUAGACAAUAAUUUAGAAAACA